CCUCCCCUGGUGAGGCUUUUUAUUGUGGUUACCAAAACAAAAUGGCAGCACUGACUGUAGUUUAUGUCAGCAGUUUACAGAGUUCUUGUAUUCGUUCAGUCGCAGAUCACGUCCAAGAACACCAGAAAUCAUUGCAUUUAUUACCUAAUGAAGUCAAGGAUAAGCUAGUAAAGCUGUUUUCUAAAAGAGGACUUCUAAAUGAUGAAAUACUCCCAAAGGUUGUCACUUCCCACAUAAGAGAGCUUGAUUUGAGUGAAUCCUCGCCUACAGAUGUUGGGUUAGCUACAUUAUCACAGUGUAAAGGACUCAAGAAACUCGAUCUGAAUGCAGUUAAAGAUAGAAGGGAGAAUAUUUCGUCUGAAGGUAUUAUCAAUGUUGUUAAAUGUUGCACCAAGCUCCAAACAGUAUAUCUUCGUCGUUGUGUCAAUAUAACUGACAUAGCCAUCAAAGAAUUAGCACACAACUGCCCUUACAUACAACAUCUCAAUAUAGCUGCUUGUAAUAUCAUGGAUGAGUCUUUGAAGGCAUUAGCUAAUAAUUGCAGAUAUCUUCAGAGUUUGAAUGUGUGCAGAACCAAGAUCACUGAUGAUGGAGUAAUGAGCUUGGCAAAUGGUUGUUGUGCAGCUUCCCUAAAGGAACUUCAUGUUGCACAUUGCACAGAAAUAUCCGACGACUCAUUAGAAGCUAUACUUAUGCUGUGCCCCAAGAUAUGCAUAUUAAUAUUCCAUGGUUGUCCACUGGUUACUGAGAGAUUGAGGUAUGCGAUGGAUGAGGUCAUAGAAAGAGGUGGCAAGAUGAGACAAGUUUCAUGGACAGUUUACUGAUUUUUCUAGAGACAGAGCCAGCCUGUACUGCUCCGAACGAGUUCAACAUUGGAUUAAAAAACAAUGGAUUGGUCAUCCAAACAAUAGCACUAAACCUAACCUUACAAAAGCGGUACUGUACUUAGAGAGCAAUGAAAAUCCAGCUUUCGAGUGGUACUGGAUUACUCUAAAGAUGACUGCAGAUUUGCACUUAGAGGUGAUAUGACCCAACCCUCUUACAAAAAUCGUGGGCACCUAGAAAUAUUUUUUCGAUUCACACUGUAAAAGCAGAGAGUUCAGUCAUAAUGAAAAUCAGAAAUGAAAAAAAGCACUCUGGCAAAUGUAAAAAGGUGAGGUUUGGACUAAUAAUAUGUGGCAUGAGAAAAAUAGUGUUAUCAUUAAAAUAAAGGCCAAUGAAAAUAUGUAGAUAUAAAAGUCGUUAUUUAUGAAAUUAACUCUUAAUAGGCCCUUUGCAGCUCAGUAAUAACCUGCUGAUUAAUUCACUGAGAGCAAAUGAAUGAACACCUUGAUUCCCAUGGGUGUAAUAUACUGGUGAGCAAACAA